GAGGCAGGGGCCCGGCUGGGGGGUGGAAUGGUUUCUGUAUCUCGCUGAGGGUUCCCACUUGGCCUUCAGGAAGGGUCAAGACGCAGGGACUUGUACCAAAGGGGAGCAAAGCCGGGCUCUGCCUGAGGCCCCUAGGACCUCCGUCCCCCAAUGUCGGAGGUUCCUUCCCAGGAAUCUGACACGUGAUGGGUGGGACAGCCCUCACAGAGCAGAAGAGCCCUGUAAGUGCCAUGGCUGCGAAGAUGUUGCCUGAUCCGGCUUCGCUGCUGCUGCGGCUUGUGACGCUGCUAUUGCUGCUGCUGUCCCAGGCAGAAGCUCGCUCCUUCGUAGUGGAUCGGCUGCAUGACAGAUUCCUCCUGAACGGGGUCCCGUUCCGCUAUGUUUCUGGCAGUCUGCACUACUUUCGCGUACCGCGGGUACUUUGGGCCGACCGGCUUCUCAAGAUGCGUUUGAGCGGCCUCAACGCUGUACAGUUUUACGUGCCCUGGAACUACCAUGAGCCAGAGCCCGGGGUCUAUAACUUUAACGGCAGCCGGGACCUCAUUGCCUUUUUGGAUGAGGCAACUAGAGUGAACCUGUUGGUCAUACUGAGACCAGGACCUUACAUCUGUGCAGAGUGGGAGAUGGGAGGUCUCCCGUCUUGGUUGCUUCGAAAACCUAAUAUUCAUCUGAGAACCUCAGAUCCAGCCUUCCUUUCUGCUGUGGACUCCUGGUUCAAGGUCUUGCUGCCCAAGAUAUAUCCAUAUCUCUACCACAAUGGAGGCAACAUCAUUAGCAUUCAGGUGGAGAAUGAAUAUGGUAGCUACAGGGCCUGUGACUACAAGUACAUGAGACACUUGGCUGGCCUCUUCCGCACAUUGCUAGGAGACGAGAUCUUGCUCUUCACCACAGAUGGGCCUCAAGGACUCAGAUGUGGUUCCCUACAGGGACUCUAUACCACUAUAGAUUUUGGCCCAGCUGACAACAUGACCAGAAUCUUCUCCCUGCUUCGGGAUUAUGAACCCCAUGGGCCAUUGGUGAACUCUGAGUACUAUACAGGCUGGCUGGACUACUGGGGCCAGAAUCACUCCAUGCGGACCAGUUCGGCAAUAGCCCAAGGACUAGAAAAAAUGCUCAGGAUAGGAGCCAGUGUGAACAUGUAUAUGUUUCAUGGAGGUACUAACUUCGGAUACUGGAAUGGUGCUGACGAGAAGGGACGCUUCCUUCCAAUUACCACCAGCUAUGACUAUGAUGCACCCAUAUCUGAAGCAGGGGAUCUCACACCUAAGCUUUUUGCAAUUCGAAGUGUCAUCAGCAAGUUCCAGGAAAUUCCCUUGGGACCUUUACCUCCCCCCAGCCCCAAGAUGAAGCUUGGACCUCUGACUAUGAACCUGGAUGGGAAUUUGCUGUCUUUCCUAGACUUUCUCUGCCCCCACGGCCCCAUCCGUUCAGUUUUGCCUUUGACCUUUGAGGCUGUCAAGCAGGACCAUGGCUUUAUGCUGUACCGGACCUAUCUGACUUACACUAUUGUAGAACCAACAGCAUUCUGGGUGCCAAAUAAUGGAAUUCAUGACCGUGCCUAUGUGAUGGUGGAUGGGGUAUUCAAGGGUGUUCUGGAGCGGAAUUUGAAACACGAACUAUAUUUGACAGGGAAAGUAGGGGCCAAGCUGGAUAUAUUGCUAGAGAAUAUGGGGAGGCUCAGUUUCGGGUCUAACCACAGUGACUUUAAGGGCCUGUUAGAACCACCACUUCUGGGGCAGACAAUCCUCACUGAGUGGAUGAUGUUCCCUCUCAAAGUUGAUAAGCUUGUAAGGUGGUGGUUCCCCCUGCAGCUGACGAAAAGAGCACAGCCUCAAGCUUCCUCUGGCCCCGCCUUCUAUUCCACAACAUUUUCAGUGUUAGGCAAGCUUGGGGACACAUUUCUGUAUCUACCUGGAUGGACCAAGGGCCAAGUAUGGAUCAACGGGUUUAACUUGGGCCGGUACUGGACAAAGCGGGGUCCACAACAGACCCUAUACGUGCCAAGACUUCUGCUGUUUGGUAGAUCGACAAACAAAAUCACAUUGCUGGAGCUAGAAAAUGUGCCUCAUGAGCCCCAAAUCCAAUUUUUGGAUACGCCUAUCCUCAAUAGCACUUUCCACUGGGGAUAUACCUAUUUCCUCUCAGAAACACAAGGUUCAUAUGAACCAAUGGAGUUAAGUGGGCACUGAAAGAAAGAUAACACUUGAAUCUGGGACAUAGGGCAGGAUCCUUUGGUGCUGGCCACAGUGACCAUAAAUAAUCAAAGGCUACAAUCCCUCUGAAUGUAAGUACAGAUACAAUUUUCUUGCCAAACUUUAUUGUGAUUAAAAUUCCAAAGACAGUACUGGCUCCACACACCUCUGUGGCCCUGUCUUUGCCCUUGUUCCUGAGUGUCCUUCACCCCCAUCUUCCACAUAAUCUCAAGCUUCAGGAGGAGGAAGAAAAACUCUAGGUCUGAAUGUAUCCUCUCGGGGCCCAGAGUUGGACCCAGGUGGCUAUAAGAAAUCAGGAAGAAGGCCUCCCUGCCUGACUGCGAUGGUCUCGGAGGCAACGAGUGGAGCAGAAAGAGAAGUCGAGGUAGUGAAAGGGAACGAGGCCUUGGAGGGACACUCCACAACUCCAACAGCGCCUGAACAAAGGGAAGAAAAAUGACUGGACAGGUACCCCACAAACUUUCCCAUCCAAGCCUUGCCCAGCCUUAAAGGUCCCAGGGAAUCUCGAGUCCCCUCCAUGAUCCUUCUGAACACCAAAAAGGCAUCCUUCCCAGUACCCCAAGUGGCUCCUAUGACACAGGAGCCUACCCUUUCACUCAUCCCCGGGCCCCCAUACCCAGCAUUGACAGCUGCAGAGUCAGGGACUGGAGGCCUAGGGGCUCCCAACUGGGCAGCGAAUCGGCGCUCUGCAGCCAGAGCUCUCUGAAAAACAGAAUAGAUGUUAAAGAAGGGUUUGCAGAGGUGAACGGCACAUCCAGGGAAAUGACUGCUCAAUCUGGGAAGGCAGGCAGGCUCACCUUCUCUCGGUCACUGAGGGCAGCAAAUCGCCGUUGUUCUUCUUGUUCCUGCUCUUCCUGCUCCCUCUGCUUCUGCUGCUGCUGCUCCCGUUGCCGUCGAGCUGCCUUCUGCUCCUUCUUCCUUGUAGCCUGCCGGAUCUCCAUUUCUUGAGUCAGUGGCCCUGGCACCUGGAGGAUUUCCCAAAGAUAUUGUAAAACUACAAGGAAGUAGGAAGGACCUAGUGAGGAUCUCUGAUGCCCUCCCACUCUGUAGCUCCUUUUCCAGCUCACCCGAGCCUUGUUGUAAUCAUAGGCAUCAAGAUUCUUCUCCAUGAACCUUCGGAAUUCAUUUCGCGUUGAUUUGUCAGCUGCUACAGUAUAAGGUGGCCGAGCCCUAGAGUCCCUAAGGACAAAAACCCAAAACCGAGUCUACUUGCCUCCUGCUUUUCAAGUGCCAAAAGGAGCUACCAUCUUAUGCUCUCUAAACUGGCUCCGGAUGGAGAUACUUACUGCACAGUGGGGUCAGCACCUGCCUCCAACAGCAGACGAACUACUAAGCCUCUUCCAGCUGCAGCUGCUGCAUGCAGGAGAGUAAAGCCACCAGAGCCCAAAGGGGCAUUGAGUAGGGACAUAAUGCCAGGGUCUACAGGCCCAGUAGCUAGCUGGAGCUUUAGCACCUCAAUGUCCCCAGCUCGGCAAGCAUAUAGAAGCAUAUCCCAGAGCUCUGGCUGGCCAGGGGCUUUGGACUCAUCAACCAAACUGUCCAAUGGGGUUGUAACCACUUGGUCUGGCUUCGAGAAUGGCUCAUCUUCUUGAGAUUGCUGAAGAAGAGUCACGUGUGUCCCACACUGCUGGUCUUGACUUCUCUCCUUCUUCUUUUUCCUCCUCCUCCGCUUGGGCAAUACCUCAAAUUCACGAAGAUCCAGGGUCCCCAGUGUCAAUUCUACUAGCUCCAACUCUACUUGGGAGCCACCUUCUUCCUGAGACUCUGAACCUAGAAAAAAACAUGCUGUUAGAUCUAUCUAAGGAAUAGGGAGCGGGGGGAACAGUGUGGGCGUCCUCAGAUGGGUUUACGUUUAUAAAAAGAUACUCAGAUCAUCCUGAAA